AUGCGCCUCACUUUGUCACUUUGCUGCUUUAAUCUGCUUUUAGUGCUUGAUUAUGUUAGAGGAAAACCUAUUUCUGAUUUACAGAGUUUGAAGCAGAUUUUGGAAGAGAUCGACGACAUGCCUCAUCGCUCUUCAGAGGAGAUGCAAGAUAGCGGCGGCAAUGCAGAGAAGUCAAAGCAUGACGCUUCAGAGGGGCAUCCGUGGGACUCCUCCGACCCCAGCAACUCGGCACUGGAGGCUAAAGCAGAUGUCCUUGCCCUUUUCUUCAAAGACCUCUUCCGGACCUCCAAGCGUUCCUGGGGCCGCUUCAAGAAAGGCAGGCUGAGGAGCUGCUUCGGCGUCCGCUUGGAUCGGAUCGGGUCUUUCAGCGGAUUGGGAUGUUGA